CCACCUAUUGGUGGUGCUCCUGUAAAACCGCGAUAAAUUCAAUCUUUGUUUUACAUAAUUUUCUUUAGAUUUUUAUUGCUAUCACACUGUAACAAUUGAUAGCAGCUGAAUUGUUUUAAUGUAAAUAUGAUCAGUUUCCAAGAUAAGACAGAGACCCACAAUGCAACGCGUCCAACUUCCGAAUAGCAAAUAUGGCGGCAUUUCUUUAAGGAUGUUUCUGUGAACUUUUCUUCUUGUUUUCUUCUAAAAACAUCUCGUAUUUUCUCAGUUUUCCUCAUAUUAACAGGCGAUUAGGAACCUGGUGCUGCUGAUUUUUUUACUCUGCAGGUUGUUACAAUUUUCUGUCGGGAUUUUUUAGGUGAAGAAAAAGCUGACUUAAACGGGCGUUGAGUAUUAUUUGAUAUUUGGUCUCAGCCAUGAAGGAAGCUCUGACACUGGUUCACAGAUUCGGCGCACACCCGGACUCUCGGUGCUGGUUCGUCGCCUGGAGCCCGAACGGAACGCUGCUGGCUUCAUGCGGGGGUGACAAGGCCGUCCGGAUAUGGGGACGAGAAGGGGACUCCUGGGUGUGUAAGUCUGUUCUACAGGAUGGACACCAGCGCACUGUGAGGAAGGUGGCCUGGUCUCCCUGUGGGAACUACUUGGCCUCUGCCAGCUUUGAUGCAACCACGUGCAUCUGGAAGAAGAAAAAUGAUGACUUCGAGAGUUUGACAGUGUUGGAAGGACAUGAAAAUGAGGUCAAAUGCGUGGCGUGGGCUCCUUCAGGGAAUCUCCUGGCCACGUGCAGCCGAGACAAGAGUGUCUGGGUUUGGGAAGUGGACGAGGAAGAUGAGUACGAGUGUGUUACGGUUGUGAACUCCCACACACAAGACGUGAAGCACGUUGCGUGGCACCCGAACCAAGAGCUCCUGGCUUCAGCUAGCUACGACAACAACAUCUGCAUUUACAAAGAGGAAGAUGAUGACUGGGAGUGUCGGGCCACCUUACAGGGACACACGUCCACGGUUUGGAGUUUGUGUUUUGAUGCGACCGGACAGAGGAUGGCCUCCUGCAGCGAUGACCGCACUGUGAAGAUUUGGAAGGAAUUCCCCAGUGAGAGUGGUGACUUGUCCUGGAAGUGUGUUUGUACUCUCUCUGGGUAUCAUGGACGAACUGUGUAUGAUGUUGCCUGGUGUCGACUGACCGGCGCUCUGGCAACCGCCUGCGGUGACGACGGAGUUCGAAUUUUUAAAGAGGACGUGCCGGCUGGUUCAGAUGAGCCGGUGUUCUCGCUGGUGGCUCAGGAGACCAAAGCGCACAGCCAGGAUGUUAACUGUGUUUCCUGGAACCCGAAGGAAGCCGGACUGCUGGCCUCGUGCAGCGACAAUGGAGAAAUUGCCAUUUGGCGUUUCAAAGACGACUGAAUCCCUGACACCUGAGCCCUUUUAUGAUCUUGAAUGUUACACUGGGAACAUUGUGGCCUUGAAAGCAACACGUCUUUGUUUUAUAGCUGGUUUGAUCGCUGGAUUUUUCUUUUUAAUGCAAAGUUUUAUUUCAGGUCAGCUUUUAUGUUUAAAAACUGCUGCAGUGCUUUUGAUUCUACACCCUAAAAAUUAUAUGUAAAUAAAUAUUACAAAAUAA